AUGUGGAUAAAGGAAGAGCAGAUACUGAUGAAAGAACAAGCAAACUAUACUAAUCUUUGUGCUUCACUGCGGUUGUUCGAAGACAAGGUUGGACUUAUGCGUUUAAAGGGACGGUUUGCAAAUUCAUCUUUAGAGUACGAGGAACAACACCCGGUAAUACUUCGUAGCAAGGACAGUAGUUACUUUACUCGUCUGAUUAUUUUGGAGGCGCAUGAAGCUACAAUGCAUCACGGUAUUGAGACAACGCUGGCACGAAUUCGAAGGAACUACUGGAUCGUUAAGGGGAGGAAAAGCGUUAAAGAAGUAAUUCGAAAGUGUGUAAUUUGUACGCGUUAUCAAGGUCAACCUGUGCGGGCGCCUUCUAGCCCAGAUUUACCGGAAUACAGAGUGGAUCAUAUGGCGUACGCGUUUCAGUUCACCGGACUUGACUUUGCGGGACCUUUAUUUAUUAAAGAUGGAUCAAAGAGUAAGAAGUGUUAUAUCCUUUUGCUUACGUGUGCUUCGAGUCGAGCCAUUCAUUUGGAGCUAGUACCGGACAUGUCUAUACAUGGAUUCUUGCGGGGAUUUAAGCGAUUCGUAUCACGUCGAGGUGUUCCCGAGCUCGUAAUCAGCGACAACUUUAAAACCUUCCGGUCAUCCGAAGUGAAGAAGUUCAUGUUACUUCAAGGCGUUAGGCAACGUUUUAUCUUACCAGCAUCGCCAUGGUGGGGAGGAUUCUACGAGCGACUAGUUAGAACGGUAAAAGCUUGUCUUAAGAAAGCUCUAGGCAAAGCGUUUGUGACAUUUGAAGAACUGCAGACUAUUCUGUGUGAUAUCGAAGUCGCGGUAAACAAUCGACCAUUGGCCUACGUAAGCGAAGAUGAUUUGGACGAAGCGCUGACACCAUUUCACUUAAUGUACGGUCGCAGUGUUUCUACGGGAAAGCAAUUCAGAUCGGUAGACUGUGUAGCAAUCUCUAGUUUAGAUAGUCGCAAACAACGGUUGUGGCAUUUACGAAAGGUACUAAAGGAUUUUUGGAAGCGUUUUCGCACGAAUUACCUGAACGAACUUCGUCAAACGAAUCUAUACAGAAAGGUCAAAAGUAAUAACGACAACAAUAUCACGGUAGACGACGUUGUUCUAAUCAAAGAUGACGAACCUGCUCCACGUACGCAGUGGAGAAUAGGAAGAGUGUUAGAACUUGUAAGGUGACGGGACGGACAAGUUCGAGGUGCACGGUUGAAGGCGCUGUUGAAAGCCGAAAGCCGGAAAACAAUCAUCGGUACAUCGACCCGUUCAGCGUUUGAUUCCCUUUGAAAUUCGAGAUAAAUCUACAAUAAACUCAGCAAAUGACGUAGAUGCAGAGGAAGAUAGUGAGAACGAUGAAGUUCCAAAGGGGAUUGUGGUUCAAGACGAUGUUAUCAACGCACGGCCUAAAAGGAAAGCGGCGGUUGAAGGACAGGCCAUGCGUCGAAUUCGCGAACAAUAUACCUAA